GGGGUUAUCGAUGCCAAGACCAAUCGAUCUGCACAGUGAGAGCCUCACCCGACAACAACCCAACUGGCAACUACAAAGCCGCCAACGCCGAGUGAGACUUGCAUCGAAAUUUGAACGGCCUACGACCUGGUGCACCUCUCAUACCGCCCGCAGAAACCCCAAAAACGGAAUCUGAACCCCAACGGUGCUCACAGCCAUGGAGUCAAUCGCCACCCCGCGCAUCACCUGCGCAUACCUCAACUCGUACGUUGGCAAGAAUGUGAUAAUCGUCGGAAAGGUCAUCCAAUUGCGGGGCGAGGAGGCCAUUCUCGACGCCGACGGAAACAUCACGGCCCACCUGAAUCGCGAAGCGCAUCUGCUCGCAGGCAACGCCGCGCAGAUCAUCGGCAAGGUCAACCCCGAUCUCUCCGUCAAGGUGCUCACCUCCAUGGAUCUGGGCACCGACGUAGACUACGGCCUGGCCAACACGGUCGUAGAAAUCUCGCACCAGCAUCGCCAGCUGUUUGCCUACGAUUAAGCAAGGAAUGGUCAUCAGGGCUGCUGCCCGGAAAUGCAUGAUGUCGGGCCUGGGCACUCUGGCUCCGUUCCCAGAACUCUAUGACGCGUGGGAAAUCAUAGGCCAUGCAGUGGCAAAAAGGACAGACGGAUACACGAGCCGGUUUGGAGCACAGAGAGGCGAUCCGAGGGAGGAGGAGAGUACCCGAGUGCAGGCGGUAUCGGUGCGCCGCGCCUGAGGGCUGUGCCCGGCAUGUGUUACGUCUGAGCAGCUCGUCUUCAGAUAUAUCGAGCGGUCAGGCAGUGGUCAAAACACAUGCAACAUGU